GGUACACAUUUCGGCACAGUGAUUCAAUGUGCGCGUAUUUCGCUGUUAAGUCACUUUUUGUUGACAUUCUGCGUAAAUCAGCAAAGUAGAUCCUUAAGGUAUCUCACCUCUGCCACCUAAUACUUGCUGAAUGUUUUAUACCUACAGCCCAAAUGUUCAACAAGGCCGAUAACGCUAUAAGCACAGGUUUCUUAGUGCGAUAGAGUUAGAUAAUUAGUAUUAUAAGUACGUUUUGUCGUCAUUUGCCGUAUUUUCUUGGAAAAAAAGCAGAUGAAGACUCUCACCAGACUUAUAACUGGAGUCGUGAAUCGAGUUUCGCUGCCCGUCUCCACAGAAACGCUUCAUGAACCGCCACAGCAUGACCACCGCAAAUUGGUGGUGGGUCUGGGUAACCCGGGGAUGGAGGGUAGCAGACACAGCGUGGGUAUGGAAGUGCUGGAUGCGCUUGCUGCCCGCCUCAACAUGGCUAACCGUUGGCGUGGUGACAAGCAGGUGUCCGGUGAUGUCAUCCUGUCGCAUGUACAAAACACAUAUGUGGUUCUCCUCCGUUCCAGACUGUUGAUGAACAUCAAUGGAGUGUCAGUGGCCAAAGCAGCUUGUAAAUACGGCAUCAAGCCUGAAGACAUCAUUCUUGUCCACGAUGAGUUGGACAAACCUCUGGGGAAGAUCAGCAUCAAACAUGGAGGAAGUGCCAGAGGUCAUAAUGGAGUCCGUUCCUGUAUAGACAGCCUUCAGACAGAUGUGAUGACACGGCUCCGGGUCGGAAUCGGCAGGCCGGCGGGGAAAGUGAUGGUACAGCAUUAUGUUCUUAGCCGAUUCUCCUCUGAGGAAAAAAGGAUUCUCAACUCAGUUCUUGACAACAGUGUUGAGCUGCUCCUCAAUGAGCUCUCCGACAAAGACUCCUCCUCACUACCAGGGGGCGGUCACACAGCAUAGGAAAAGAAGUGAUCUUCCUCAGGGUCUCCUUGGCUGAGGUCACACAGACUGAACUUUAGUAAAGUCUCAGAAGUUGUGCAGAAAAAUCUUUUGUUGUGUGUGUGAUGAGAAGUUUUCCAAGCUGACCAGGAACAAAAACUCUUAAAAAGCUGUUCUCACUGAGGAGGAUGUUUUCAGAUGUGCUAGUAGGGUUCUAAUCGCACAAAUCACACAGACAGACUUUGGUUACAUUUGGUGGAAAAAUCAGCCACAGUCUGGCCCCCCCCUGCUGUAUCCUGAAAGUUAUUGAAAAAUUUUUUACCAAAUCCAGUGCCUCGAUGAUUGCAAGUUGCUAUGUAUUUAUUUAUUUUUUUCCCCAGCGGAUCAAAUUAUAUUAAAGACUUUAUUGUUGUUUCAA